UGCAGUCUGUAGUAGUGUAAGACCAAGCUAAACUUGAUAUGAUUUCUGUUAGUCAUAGAUAAAGUAUUGUCCUUUGGUUCUUGGACAUGUCAUGAUGUAAUAGUCUGGUUCCUGUCUGCCUGGUGUGUCAGUGUGGAACGUGCUGUCCCAGCACUCAUGUCUGCUGAGGGUUCAUGGAAAGGGAGAGAGGUUGAUUCCCCAGAGGACACUCACCCAGAGGGGAGACUGGAGGGUGCUGGGACAGACUGUGUGUGCAGCACCGUCAGCGAUGGGGUCAGCCUGACCCAGGGGACCAUCACAGAGAUGGUGCAGUCAGCUGAGAGACAGGCUGAGGAGGCCUGGGCUUGGGCAGCAGGGGGUUUGGACAGUGUGGGACGACUGUUUGAGGAGUGCAUCGAGGCGGUCUCCCUCCUGGAGGCGGAGAGGGAGAUGUUGGUGCAGGAGUGUCUCCGCCUGCAGCAGCAGAGGCUGCAGGCUGUGGAGGCCCUGAGGGCCGAGCGAGGCAGAGGGCAGCAGCUGCUCUCACUGGUGCAGCUCAGCCACGCCGGACUGCAGGAGCAGGUGGCACAGGUGAAGAGGAGGCUGUUUGUCACGACCAGGGACUGCAUUCAGAGUCAGGUGACUCUGGCUGCCCUGCAGUAUGAUGUGGCCGAGUUCAUGCUCACACAGGAGGAGCUCCAGUCUCAGGUCCAGAGCCUGGCGGAGGAGGCAGUCCAGCUGCGGGAGGCCCAGCAACAGCAGCUGACCUUCCUGAGGGACCAGGCCAGGAGGCCCAGCCGGCCCCGCGCCUCCAGCGACCUGAGCCACGUCCGCAGGGCCUCGCUGGCCCUGCAGCGGCGCCUGAGUGGCAGCAUGCGGGCCCUGGAGGGCUGGUACGAGCCCCGUCUGCUGGCUCUGCUGCGGAGGAGGCAGGCUGGGGAGGAGGCCUUGAGGAGGACCAGGGAGGCGGGGGGGGACCUGGAGGCCCGGCUGGGGCCGCUAAGAGAGGAGACAUGGAGGCUGCAGCUGCAGAGGGCGUGUCUGGAGGAGAGGAUGGUCCUGAGGAAGAGGGAGAGGGAGGAGAGUGUGGCACAGCAGAAGGAGAUUGUGGAGACAUUGGAGGACACUGUGAGAGAUUUAAAACUGGAGCUUGAGGUUUUGAAAAAGUCCAAAACAAACAUGGAGAAAGUGACCAGUGACCUUUUAAGAGAGGUGGACUUUCAAAGACGCGGUGGUGACGUGUGUGAGACCACAGAAGAACAGGAUGCAUGAUUUUUCACUACGGACGAUGACCUUGCCUAUGAUCACCAUUAUCUGCUCAUCCUCAAAUGGAAAUACCACAAUCCUGCAAAUAUAUUUUAUUAUGAACACAUAAAAACA